UUCUGCGCUGGAUUUCCGCAAUACAUCCAGUAUGGCGAAGACUUACGACUAUUUGUUUAAACUGCUGUUAAUCGGGGAUUCGGGCGUCGGGAAGACCUGCGUGUUGUUCAGAUUUUCGGAGGAUGCCUUUAACUCGACUUUCAUUUCGACGAUAGGCAUCGAUUUCAAAAUUAGGACAAUAGAACUAGAUGGCAAGAAGAUCAAGUUACAGAUAUGGGACACAGCUGGACAGGAGCGAUUCAGAACAAUCACAACGGCGUAUUACAGAGGUGCAAUGGGUAUCAUGCUGGUUUAUGAUAUUACCAAUGAGAAAUCCUUUGACAACAUCAAGAACUGGAUCCGGAACAUAGAGGAGCAUGCAUCAGCAGAUGUAGAGAAAAUGAUUUUGGGGAACAAAUGUGACAUCAACGAGAAGAGGCAGGUGUCCAAAGACAGAGGGGAGAAGCUGGCGUUAGAAUACGGCAUCAAGUUCAUGGAGACGAGUGCGAAGGCUAAUAUCAACGUCGAAAACGCAUUCUUAACGCUUGCCAGAGACAUAAAAGCAAAGAUGGACAUGAAAUUGGAGGGUAACAAUCCUCAGGGCAGCAAUCAUGGAGUGAAAAUUACCACUGAACAGCAGAAAAAGAGCAGCUUCUUUCGCUGUGUGCUACUGUGAAGACCAAGGCCUUACUGUCCACCACUCGUGGGCUGGACAUGACUGGACUGUGCUUUCCAUCUUAGCACUGCUUACUUUAUUUUAUCCUCUCUUUCUAGCUCUCCAGCCUUCAGGCCGUUGGCGUUCCUGGCUUCUCAAAUCUUCUUCCAUUGUCAUGUUUGCGAUUAUACCGUUUCCUCUCGCUUGGAAGUGCAUUGGUUCUCCAGACCUGAGACAUCACCUGAAUACUUCCACCAGUAUAAAUGUCCACCUAAGGAAGAUCCUAUUACUCCAUCUUCGUUUUUAGCGCUCUGUUUUGAAUGCACCACUGCCAGAAUCCAUCCAUUCUCUUCACAGUGACCUGGAUGUAGUUGUGAUUCUUUUUCUGUGUCUGACCGCUGAGCGUAAGCUGAUGUAUUAAGCCAGUUUGAGAGUUCUAUGGAACAUUCUUUAUCAUUCCAUUUUAUUUUCAACCCUCGUGCAUUCUUUGACAAUCACAUGACCUUAUUGUAAUUAUAGCAAUAUUAUAUCCCACUUAUUAAAACAGACAUUGUUUUUUUUUUUCAUAGUUUUUUUCUUUUUUUUAAAAGUUGGUUUUUUUUUGUCCCCAAUUUUCUUUCAGGACCAGCCCUCUUGACUCAUCACUAAACUUUGCAAUUAACCUUUAAACUCUUGUACCGUGUCCUAACUAGAUGCACUUUGAAAAGAUUCCAGCGGCAAGCAAUUUUUUGUUCGCACUGCGAAACUGCUGCACAACGUGACAGUCACAUCCAAUCAGAACAUAUUUGAUGUUUAAAUGUGUUGUAGGCGAUUUCAGCCAUUUUACUUCCACAAGACUGAGCUGUUGAAUUAGCCACGCCCCUUUCCCCCAAAACCCUGCAUUCCAAAGAUAACAAAUUAGUUUUAUUGAGGCUGACAUCAUGCAGAAAAUGUUGUUAAAAACAACAGCAGCAAAAUAGCGCCCUCAACUGACAAUUGUUAUGAACAACAUGGCAUAAAAAUGGCAUUAAGCCUCAAUUUACUGUAACUACUGUACAGUACUAUGAGAACGCGCAAAAUGAUUGACAGGUCGAAAGCGUCAAAGGCACAUUUUUCUUUGCUGUUUACAGAGUCUAGAGCUGUCACAGAGUGAGAUAUCUCACGACACUUUUUCAGUAAUAGCUUUCAGUGAGUAGUACAUUUUUUGCAUACCUUUCCAUUAAAAAAAUCACUUACAGCACCUUUAAUGUACAGUAAUGAGGAGUGUGAUUUUGGACCAAUAAGAUUUCACUGUGGGCAGAGUUACCCAGUGCAACGGCACAUAAAUAGAAGCCAAACGAUUAUAAAAAUAUCGCUCGCCACAAAUCACGAUUGAUUUGGACAAAAACUUGGAUGCACAUGGAAGAGUGAGCACUCCAAACAUUUUUAGUCUAUUUUCAAAAUGUACGCAUUUUAAUUGUAUAACCCAUUUCCAUGCAACUUAAUUGAUUUGAAUCAAAUUACAUUUAUUAAACUUAUAUUUACAUAUGAUACAGUUGCAAUGUGUAAAUCUUAAAAAUAGAAUUAAAUAUAUUAAGUGAGCCUUUAUUGCUUGUUGCUUUUUUGCGUUGCACCUGGUUGGGACACGGUGUUGCGCAGUUACCCAUUACAAAAGUCUUGCAUUUACGACAUCGUACAAGCUAGUUUUCGCAGACAUGGCUAAUGAAAUUUUCAAACCAAACGAUCAUUAUAAACAUGUGAAAAACAUGCUUGUUUAUUCAUCACAACAUGUUUACUGCCUCGAUAUAACUAACCUCUGAAAUUUAGAUUUUGUUUUGCAAAUCAAAUAUUUAUAAAACAUGCACAAGACGUUAUUUCCAAAUAGUUCACUCUUGUAUGCAGUAUAAUGCUAGCUUUAGUUUUAAUAUUUCUUUACAUAAAUCCAAAACUCAGCAUUUGCUUUAUUACGACCAGAUGACUUCAGACUUCCAAACUUCCCAAAAUGAAAGCGUUCUUUGAUUUAAAAACUUGAAUUGCAUUCAAAUUAGUAUAAUUAAACUGACAUGUAGCCCCUUUUAGGAUGUGCAAUUCCUGAGUUAGUAGUAUUAUUAACAAGUAUGCACAACCAGAAGCAAUGCAGGCCCACCUAGAGAGGGCGUCUGUGCAACCUAGACAGCAGAGAAAGCACCUCCCAUGCAGAAUUGCAUGCACUUUAUCAGUAUCCUAUGUGUUGUGUAUAGUUUGUGCCAAGUGAUAGUUGUGCAUUGUAAAGACAGGUGAUCUGAAGAAUUCAUGUUUAAUAAAGUUUAUUUUAAUAUUCGUAAUUUUAAAAAUCAUCUCCCUUCACCUGCUAAAGGAAUAUUUGUACAAGUACUUCUCGAGUUAUAUCUGUUUUCCUGACAGGAAGCCAAAGGUUUUAGUUUUAGGUGAUGCCUUGGCUGCAAAUGAUGCAGUUUUAAAUAAGCAGACUACUUUCAGUUGUGGUCUGUUAAUUUGUUUAUAUUGGUAAUGCAUUAUUAAGUAUCUGAAUUGCAGACUUGCAGUAGGUCUCUCAAAACCGGUUGAAGCAAGUUGUUGUCGCCAACACCAACGGAUUUGGUCCAUAUGACUAGGCUUAUCUACCUGGGAAAAAAGUAAUCCAACACAACUGAAAAGGCAAAGUAGAUGUGUUGUUGUUAUAACUAUUGCAAGAAAUGUAAUUUUAUUGAGCUGUAUUUUUGGAAGUCUUUCAUAUUUGAAGUUUACCCAGUUUGUGUAUAUGGGUUUGUGUUGGUGCAGUAGCGUACGACAGCAAUAAGUCACAAAAAGCGGCCAUUACUUUCGAGCGAAAGAUCAAAUUCUCCCUCGUUGGCAAUCCAACAGGAUGAAUCUCAUAAAACCUGACAAGAACAUGUCCAAGUCAUAUUUCACCCUAAAAUCAAUAGAAAUGUGAUGUUUGAUUUUGCGUAUAGAAAAUUAUUAUAUAUUUGUUUUUUUGUUUUUUUUUUGGACCUGUAAGAUUUGAGAUUUUGAACAUUUUUGAUAAUUAAGCACAUUUUCCUCUAAAUUCCAAUAACUCUAAUACAAAAUAAAUGGCUUUCUUAUUACAGUAAUGGGACAAAAUUAUUUAAAAAAUAAUGUAUUUUUAUAUAAUGGUGUACUGCCUUUAGUUUAUGCAAAUUAAUUAAAACUGUGAAAAUCAUUAGUUGUUUUUGUUUUACUGUAAUAUGGUAAAAAAGAUACUAUAUUACAGUAACGACAGUCUAAAGAGAAUCACCAUUGAGAAUGAGAAUUUUAAAUAAAAAUCUAAAGAAACAUUUUCAGACGCAUUAUGGUAAAGAGAACUUGCUUAAAUGAGGGGUGCGUAAUUGCCAUAAAAAUUGUUAUAGUACAAAAAAUCCUCAAUGGUCUUGAAAAUAAUAUGUGAAUAUCUAUCUAUCUAUCUAUCUAUCUAUCUAUCUACAUAUAUAUUAUGGUUAAAUAUGAUCUGGACAUGUUUAUUUGAGAUUUACCCAUGAAUAUAAGCACAGUGUUUCAAUAUUUUUCCAAGGAGGCAGAGACUCAUCUAUUCUCUUCCUGCAAUAUGGCCCAUUCUAAAGACAUUUUUUGCAAGCUUAAAGUGAUAGUUCUUCUUUCCAUGGAACACAAAAGGACAUCUUUCACUUUCAGCAUUUGCAACAUUUUCCAUACCACAAAAGUGAAUGUAACUGAGAUCAUCAUUCUGCCUAACAUCUCCUUUCGUGAUGCAUGGAAUAAAAAAAACAUACAAAACAUUUGGAACAACAUGAGAGGGAGUCUUUAUUUUUGGGUGAACUAUCCCUUUAAGUGUUAACCUUGAAAUGACUUAAUGUUUGCACCUUGUUAAUUUUUUUCCAGAAGGAGAUGAUCGUUUGGGUUUAUAUUGGUCAUAUACUCCCAUUAGAGUUGGGAAUGUGUCUGUAAAGUUGUUGCCCAGCUUCAUUCAUACUCAUCACAGUUCUUUCCUUCCCUUGUCUGAUAUUGUAUACAAUUUGCCAUUUGUCUUAAUAACUAAUACUUGAUCUUUCAUUCUGGAUCUAUGCAUCAUGAAUGCGAUACUGUUGACCACCUGUGUUUUGUUGUAUUUUAUUUCUUAAUUUGCUCAGAUGUUCCAUUUGAUGCAUCUUUACCUGCGUUUGGCUGUAAUAUUGGACCUCAGAUGCAAUAAUUAAUCUGGCCUUAUAAGGACAGUUUAAUGGCAGUUUUUGAUAAACUCUCCCUUCAAUGGGUGUCAAAGUGAUGAAAUGCAAAAACUACCAUAACAGAAAGCAAAACUUUUUUUUAUUUGAUUUACAGACAAACCAAGAGGAAAGAAACAUUUGCAAACUGGUGCCGCUUUCUGUCUUAAUGUAGUGUUUACCUAAACAGUGAUGCGUAUGUCUGUCAGAUUUCAUUUCUGUCUCUUUUCUUCCUGCACUUCCUGAUUUAAAAUCGCUAUGUCAUCCAUAUCAUUUACAGAUUUAUAUUUUAUAUGACCAUAUUUUUCAUUUGUCAAUUGUGAGGUAACUGGGGAUAUUGUUAAAUUACAUUUUGGUAUAAAAAGAAACAAUUGUAAAUAACUCUUUAAAAAAAAAAAAAAAAGAUCUACUUAAAUUGUACUGUACUUUCUAAAAACAUUGAAAAACUGAUCUACAGUUUUUGUAGAUAUCUGUACUUUUGAUUUAUUAAAGUAAGAUUCUUUUAAGAGA